UGCGUCACCCGAAAUCAUUUAAUUAAAAAAAAAAAACCAUUAAAUCCCAAUCCACGUUUCUCUCUCCACUCUCAACUGUGUCACCGGUCGCAACCCCUCCGGUUUCUCCACCUCUCCCUGUGGUACCGCCGCGCGCCGAUCGUCCCUCAGUUCUUCACGUGUCAACGUCGUUGCUGCGUCCGGUGGUCCUGGUUGCUUCGUCGCUCUCCUCCGCCACUUUCUCUGGUCUUCGUCGCUGCUUCUGCUGGUCCAGUCCUUCUGCCUUCCGGUGCUGCUCCUCGCCGCUGGUCCUCGUCCUCAAUCACGCCGCCGUGCUCCUCGCCGCUUUCUCAGUCACUGCAGAAACCCUAAUUGUGAGAAUCUAGUAAAGAUCAUCGAAAAUGGUGUUGGCACAGUUGGGAGGGAGCAUAUCCCGGGCAAUCCAGCAGAUGAGCAAUGCCACAAUCAUUGAUGAGAAAGUUCUGAAUGACUGCCUCAAUGAGAUCACCCGCGCUCUGCUUCAAUCCGAUGUGCAAUUCAAGCUUGUCCGGGAUAUGCAGACUAAUAUUAAGAAGAUUGUCAAUCUUGAUGAUCUUGCUGCUGGUCACAACAAGCGCAGGAUCAUCCAGCAGGCAAUUUUUAACGAGCUGUGCAAAAUAUUGGAUCCUGGGAAGCCAUCUUUUACCCCGAAGAAAGGGAAAACAAGUGUGGUUAUGUUUGUUGGUUUACAAGGGUCUGGAAAAACCACUACGUGUACUAAGUAUGCAUAUUAUCAUCAGAAAAAAGGUUGGAAACCUGCUCUAGUCUGUGCUGAUACAUUCAGGGCUGGUGCUUUUGAUCAACUAAAACAGAAUGCUACCAAAGCUAAAAUUCCAUUUUAUGGAAGUUAUAUGGAAUCAGAUCCUGUGAAAAUUGCUGUGGAAGGAGUAGAAAGAUUCAAGAAGGAAAAUUGUGAUCUUAUAAUUGUUGAUACAAGUGGUCGCCAUAAACAGGAAGCUGCUCUGUUUGAAGAAAUGCGUCAAGUUUCUGAAGCAACGAAACCAGAUCUUGUCAUAUUUGUUAUGGAUAGUAGUAUUGGUCAAGCUGCAUUUGAUCAAGCUCAAGCAUUUAAACAAAGUGUUGCAGUUGGAGCUGUGAUUGUUACCAAAAUGGAUGGUCAUGCAAAAGGUGGUGGUGCUCUUAGUGCUGUUGCAGCAACAAAGAGCCCUGUUAUAUUUAUUGGAACAGGAGAGCAUAUGGAUGAGUUUGAAGUUUUUGAUGUUAAACCUUUUGUUAGUCGCCUGUUAGGAAUGGGUGACUGGUCUGGAUUCAUGGACAAAAUUCAUGAGGUUGUUCCUAUGGAUCAACAACCUGAGCUUCUGCAAAAACUCUCAGAAGGAAACUUUACCUUGAGGAUUAUGUAUGAGCAGUUCCAGAACAUACUCAAAAUGGGUCCCAUUGGCCAGGUAUUUUCAAUGCUACCAGGAUUUAGUGCUGAAUUAAUGCCAAAAGGUCGUGAAAAGGAAAGCCAGGCAAAGAUUAAGCGUUAUAUGACUAUGAUGGAUUCAAUGACAAAUGAAGAGUUGGAUAGUUCUAAUCCUAAACUUAUGAAUGAAUCACGUAUCAUGAGAAUAGCACGGGGUUCUGGCCGCCAAGUUAAAGAAGUAACAGAAAUGUUGGAAGAGUACAAGCGUCUGGCCAAAAUCUGGAGCAAAAUGAAGGGGCUCAAGAUUCCUAAGAAGGGUGAAAUGAGUGCUUUGUCCAGAAAUAUGAAUGCACAACACAUGAGCAAAGUCCUCCCUCCACAGAUGCUAAAGCAAAUUGGCGGCAUGGGUGGCUUGCAAAACUUGAUGAAGCAAAUGGGUUCUACCAAGGACAUGAUGGGGAUGUUUGGAGGUGGGGACAAGUAGAGUUACUGGAACUGCAUUGAUGAGCUGAAUUGGAUUCAAAUUAAGCACGAGCUUGGGAGGACCAGUACUAAAAAAAACUUACCAGUGCUAAAAAAAACUUACUGUUUGGCUAGAUAAUUCUUAAAAGGUUGAUGCAAUUUUUUUUUUCUCCAUGAUGUAGCAAUUUCUUUUAACAUUAUAGAUGACAGUUAAACUUUGCCUGUUUUGUACCUAUUGGGUUGAGAGAGAGAGAGAGAGAGAGAGAGAGAGAAGCAAAUGCAUGAAAAAUUUCUAGGAAAUUAAGGUUAAGAUUUGCAAGCAUAAUAUUACAUAUCUUUUUUUGUCA